GUCAGGAAAAACGGACCGAUAAAAUAUACGGGAAAGUGGAAUAUCGGAACAUGCUCUCGAACAUCUCACAUGACACAUGACAUUCUUUGAAUCAUUGACAGUUGACACUUCUCUUCAAUAGACAUUUCACAGUCACACGUCACUAUCUUUUAUAUCACCCCUAUAUACUCACACGUCAACUUCUUCGACUAUAAUAAUUGGGUGUAAUGUUUAAUGAAGUAGUUAAAUGACGAGUUUUUACUAAUAAGAUUAUUAUUUUGAUAAUAUACCAACAUGGUGCUGAUAGCAGCAGCAGUUUGCACCAAAGCAGGCAAAACUAUUGUGUCUCGGCAGUUCGUUGAGAUGACCAAAGCAAGAAUUGAGGGCCUACUUGCUGCCUUUCCUAAACUCAUACCAACAGGAACUCAGCACACUUUUGUAGAAACAGAUUCAGUACGCUAUGUCUAUCAACCACUUGAGAGACUCUAUAUGCUGCUCAUAACUACAAAAGCCAGUAAUAUAUUGGAGGACCUGGAAACUCUAAGAUUGUUUGCCAGAGUUAUUCCAGAAUAUUGUAGAUCUUUGGAAGAAAGUGAAAUUGCUGAGAAUGCAUUUUCUCUAAUAUUUGCAUUCGAUGAAAUUGUGGCCCUUGGAUAUAGAGAAAGUGUGAAUUUGUCCCAAAUCCGUACUUUUGUCGAGAUGGAUUCACAUGAGGAAAAAGUUUACCAAGCUGUUAGACAGACUCAAGAGAGAGAGGCCAAAAACAAGAUGCGGGAAAAAGCAAAGGAAUUGCAAAGACAAAAAAUGGAAGCUGCGAAAAAGGGAAUCAAAACAUCUUUCGGCAAAAGUGGCGGAUUUGGUAGCACUACAGGUUAUACUCCUGCACCGUCUGUUGGAGAUGUUGCCAAUGUAUCAAAUGACGUUAAACCAGCUUCCUAUACGACAGCUCCUGUCCAGAAAGCGAAAGGUAUGAAACUAGGAGGGAAAGGCCGUGAUGUUGAAUCAUUUGUAGAUCAACUGAAAUCUGAAGGUGAAAAUGUGAUAGCUCCAAUGAAGAACAGUAUUUCCCAACCGGGCACCAAAACUCCAGCCAUCAAAACUGAUAUUGAUGACGUUCAUUUGAGAUUGGAAGAGAAGUUGGUAGUAAGAUUGGGUCGUGAUGGCGGAAUCCAACAAUUUGAAUUGUUGGGUCUUGUAACGUUACAUAUUGGAGAUGAAAGGUGGGGACGAAUACGUGUGCAAUUGGAGAACCAGAAUUCUCACGGGGUGCAGCUUCAGACACAUCCAAAUGUUGAUAAGGAGCUAUUCAAAUUACGUUCUCAGAUCGGACUCAAGCAGCCUUCGAAGCCAUUCCCGCUGCAUACUGACGUGGGAGUGUUGAAAUGGCGACUCCAGAGCAUGGACGAGACGUUGGUGCCGCUGCUCAUAAACUGCUGGCCCUCCGAAGCAGGAGACGGCAGCUGCGAUGUCAACAUAGAGUAUGAACUUACCCACACUAACUUAGAACUGGUCGAAGUCAAUAUAGCGAUCCCAUUACCCAUUGGAUGUUCUCCCGUGAUUGGUGAAUGUGAUGGGACAUAUACUCACGAGUCAAGACGCAAUCAACUUAUUUGGAAUCUGCCUCUCAUUGAUGUGAACAAUAAAUCUGGUUCUUUGGAAUUCAAUGCCCCCAGAGCCAUUCCUGACGACUUUUUUCCACUUUCAGUCUCAUUCACUUCAAAAUCUUCUUACGCAAAUAUAAAGAUCACAGAAGUCGUACAUGUGGAUGAUGAUUCUCCCGUUAAAUAUUCAGUUGAAAGUGUAUUGUAUCCUGAUAAGUAUGAAAUAGUAUAAAGGGUUUUAUUAACUAGAACUGGAAUUAAUAAUAAAAUCACUUGUAAAGAGAAAAUAUUCAACUAAUUCCCCAUCCAUUAUUCAGUGUUGCUUUUUGUACAAAAAUGUUACGGAAAUUUAUCUUUAUUUUUUAUCUACAUAAAUAAAGUAAGAGAAAACAAUUAUAACA